GGCUUUGAUUGGCAGAUGAUAGCAGCUGCGGAGUUGAGAAGUCAUGGCGGAGCUCCGCCGCGCCUCAGAUCGCUGGAUUUACGGAGAUAAUUUGUGAUAAACUGUCAAACUUUAUAACAAAUCUAAAAUGACCGAAAGCGAGGCAAAGUUGCGAGCGGCGACGGACCAGCGUAAAACGACCUGAAACCGAGAGCUGGCAAAGAUGUGAGACUCUCUGGAGCCGAAGAAGAAGAAGAAGAAGAAAAAAACCGUUGGAGUCUCCCAAAGUCGCAAACAUGGCUUCUCGUUUCUUUCAAUUUCACACAGAACACUCUUUAACCGGAGCUUCGUUGUUUUCAGCGCUUUGUGUCGCUCUGUGAUGGAUCCCAAGCACAAAGAGUUGUUAGAGCAGUGCCAGCAAAAGUUGUCGGAGUCCGUCACAGAUGUGGAUGUGGUUGUGGAGCUGCUGGCCCAGUCAGGCAGCCUGAGCCCGGCUGAGAGAGCAGAGCUGGACGCGGACUGCUCCGGCAGCGCCGCGAAGCUCCGUCUGCUCCUCAGGACGCUGCUGGAGAAGAAGGACGGGGACCAGCUCCAGGAGUUCUGCUGGGCUCUGGAGAAAACCCAGCCGGUGCUGCUCGGCGCUCUGCUGCCUGUGGAGAACCACCACAACACGGGUUCCACGUGCAGCAUUCUGUCUGCGAUGCCGUCGGACUCGGAGAGCAGCAGUUCUCUCAGCAGCGUCGCAUCCUCACCGCCUCCUGCUCACCUGGAUAAGCAUGUGAUGAGUGAGAAACUGGAGACGGUGAACCUCCAGCUCAGACAGGUGACCCGCGAGCGAGACGACCUGCGCAAACGACUGGCCCUCUCCUCGCCGGGCACCACCUUCGACGACUGCAGGGUUUUUGUUACUGAACUGGAGAUUUCAGAUCUUUCUUGUGUCCAGUCUCAGUCUUUCAAACACUGUAACCCUGCUAGACAGUCCAUCUCUUCUUAUCUGAGCAACCAGCACACCAAAACCCUGAAGAGAUGCGAGGAGGCCGUGAGAGACGCCGAUUACUACCACACUCUUCACGGGCGUGCGGUCGGUGAACAGACGCAGCUGCGGGACGAGAUGGAGGCCAUGAAGCAGAACUACUCUCAGCUCCUGCAGCAGCACUCACAGCUGCAGCAGACCUGCGACGAGCUGCGCCGUGUCCAUGAUAACGACCUGCGCGAGGUGGCAGACAUGCGCCUGCAGCAGCAACAGGUCAUGAGGGAGAAUGGCUCCUCCGAACUGCUGAAUAAGCUUUACGAUACGGCCUUAAACAAGCUAGAGGGGAUGAAGAAAGAGUACGAUGCCCUGAGGAAACGAUACAACGAGAAAACGGCGAGCCACAACGCCGAUCUGAGCCACCUGGAGCAGAUGGAGGAGGAGAACCGGCGUCUGCAGAAACAGCAGGACGUUCUGCUGAAGCAGAGAGACUCGGCACUGCACUUCCAGCAGCAGUACAGCGGCUCCGUCAGGAGGUUCGAGAGUCUCCAGCAGGAGCUGAAUAAGGCGUCCGCUCAGAACGAGGAGCUGCAGAGAGAAACCGAUCGGCUGCAGAUGGAGAACACGCGCUAUAAGAUGCUGCAGCUGAAGGCCGUGAAAGAUGCCGAGAAGCUGAAGGAGGAGAGAGACUCCGUGUUCAACGAAUACAGGCUGAUCAUGAGCGAGAGAGAUCAGGUCAUCAAAGAGGUGGAUAAACUCCAGACCGGACUGGAUGCGGCUGAAGCCAGACUCAAGAACACGUCUAGCGAGAGGAGGGUCGCCGGCGAGGAGAUCGAGGCUCUCAGACAGGAGCUGAACUCGGCUCUGUUGGACCGGGACCGGGCGAUCCGAGAGAAGACCGAGCUGCUGGAGAAAUACUGUCACGAGGUGCAGGACAAAGCCGAGACGCAGAAGGAGCUGAGCCAGGCCUGUAAGGACAUCGAGAUGGUGCGAGAGGAGCGCGACGUGGCCCGUAAAGAGCGAACAGAGGCCAUCAUCCAGAGAGACCAGCUCCUGAGAGAGUAUUAUCAGGCCAGACAGAAGCAGGACAGCGCAACGCUGGACAUGGAGCGUGUAAGUAAGGAGCUGGAGGUUCUGAGGAAGCAGUGCGAGGCUGUUUCGGAGGAGCUCCAGGAGGCUGUGCAGGAGGCAGAAGUGGCCAAGUGCCGCAGAGACUGGGCCUUCCAGGAGAGAGACAAGAUCGUAGCAGAGAGAGAGAGCAUACGGACGUUGUGUGAUAACCUGCGUCGCGAGAGGGACCGAGCCGUGAGCGAUCUCGCCGACGCUCUGAGAAACAUGGACGACCUUCGCAAACAGAAGAAUGACGCAGUGCGAGAACUGAAGGAGCUCAAGGAAUGCAUGGAGGAGCAGCUGGAGAAGGAGGCGCGUUUCCGCCAGCUGAUGGCCCACAAUUCCCAUGACUCGGCCAUCGAUACGGACUCUCUGGAGUGGGAGACGGAGACGGUGGAGUUUGAGAGGAGUACGGACGACAUGGAUUUGAGCGCUCUGGGUUUUGAUAUCGCCGAGGGAGUGAGUGACCCGUAUCUACCCGGGGAUUAUGGGAUAUUCGUGAGCAAGGUGGACAAAGGAAGUGUUGCGGAGGGCAGGUUAAGAGUGAAUGAUUGGUUGUUGAAGAUAAAUGACGUGGAUCUGGCCAAUAAGGACAGGAAGCAGGUCAUAAAGGCGGUGUUCAGCGGGGGCGGAGUCAUCAAUAUGGUGGUGCGCAGGAGGAAGUCUCUGGGAGGACGGAUGGUCACUUCUGUUCAUCUGACGCUGACGGGACAUAAAGAUUGUGGCGUUGGGUUGGAGAGUGGCGUGUUUGUGUCGUCUGUUUCUCCAGGCAGUCCAGCGGCCAGAGAUGGAUCGGUGUGUCCCGGCGAUCGGCUUCUCAAUAUAAACGGGAUUUCGCUGGAUAACAAAUCUGUGAGCGAAUGUGAGAAUCUCCUGCGGAGCUGCAGAGACUCGGUUUCUCUUUCCCUCCUGAAGUUUUUCCCACAGAGUCUGUCGGGUCAGAGCAUCGCUGAGAGCCAGCGCGACUGUGAACGAAGCUCUAAUGGGAAGUCAGCGGAUCAGCUGCGGCCCUGCAGGAAGCAGGCCACCCAUAAAGACAUGUACAGCCCCACGCGUGACGUGGAGAGCGAGCGCGGUCAGCGCGGGACGCUGUAUCGCUCAGAGCCGUAUCAUGAGAUCUGCUGCCCACAUCCCACCUCCAAACGACCCCUCACCUUUCACCCCGUUUCCCCCGGCGACUGCAUCACCGUGGAGAUGAGUCAGGAGAGACGGUGCAUCCCGCAUAAGCAAAGCGGCGGCACGUGGCCCAAAAUGGUAGCAGUUGCAAUGACACCAACGGACAGCAUCCCACCACUCUCUAUUUUUAAGACCCCAAAGAAGCGGAAGUCGAUAUUCGACGCAGACAUGUUCAAGCGGCCAGAGACGCCCUCCAAGCUGGACUACCUCAGUCUGUCCCAGAUGCCCAAACAUUCCCCACAGAGCUCCUGGACGGAGGCGGCGCCGCAGAUCCCGCCGGACCCGCCCAAACGCAGCGACUCCUUCAAGUUCAAACACAAGCCGCAGGGAAGCUCCGCCUCCGAUUCCACCAUCACCACCGGAUCGCCCCCGGCAACGCCCAUUCAGACCACGCCCACAGACAAACCCAGUCCUGAUUUUGAAAGCCGAGACCGCAACGGGAACGUGCUUCAGAGACAGGGCUCUGGCGGCGCCGGAGGGUCGUUUGCGGAGGAAGUGUCCGGACAGGGUUCAGAUGAACUGGAGGUGAGGAGAGGAAGACCAAACUCUGCACCCGCACAGCGCCGCAACCUCACGCCGCUUAAGAUGCCAUUUCCACAGAGCUUCUCUCAGGAUGAACAGUCUCCCGAACCUGUGGAUCUGGUUCGGUUUUCUCCUUUCCGUUCAAACCGUCACAGCUUCUCGCCUGUACAAGCACACACCACUCCCAGAACGCUGUCUCCCUACCCUGCUGUGACCGCAGUGAUGAGGAACCCAGUGUACACGGCCCGGAGUCACUGCGUCAAAACCACCAACUCUGCUUCAGUUCCAGCACACACAUACACUCAAGUCAGUCCGCAGCACCAGGGCCGAUGGAGUGUGGAUCUCAACCACAAGCGCUCCGGUGAGCUCUUCGACGGCUCCCGCGGUUCGGUUCAACACAACACCAACUCCCUGCCCUCCAGCGCGAGACAGGGUUUGUCUCAGUACCGCGAGCAGCGCAUUAAGAUUCCCUCCACCCCUCGUUACGCGCGAUCCGCUCACGGCUCUGAUAGAGGAUCUCUGUCUCACUCAGACUGCAGCAGCCCUAGUCUGGUAACUCCGCCCCUCUCUCCUCUGGACGCCGCCUCCUUCAGCAGCAGCCAAUCACAGGGCUCCGUCUCCGCCCAGACCAGGCUGUCAGUCAGCCCUGUGCCAAUAGACAGGAGGAGGGACAGGCCAUACAUAGAGGAGCCGCGAUGUGUCACUAUCCCCAAAGGGGCGGAGCCUCUGGGCAUCUCUAUAGUGGGUGGGGAGAAUGGCGGCAUCUUUGUUUCCAAGGUAACGGGAGGCAGCAUCGCUCAGAAGCACCACCUGGAGUUUGGAGAUCAGCUGCUGGAGUUUAACGGCAUUAAUCUCAGGAACGCCACUGAGCAGCAGGCCAGACUCAUCAUUGGGCAGCAGUGUGACACCAUCACCAUACUGGCACAGUACAACCCACACAUGCACCAGCUGGGCAAUCACUCCCGUUCGAGCUCCCGGAUGGAGUCGUCUAUAAGCUCUCACUCGAUGCCUGACACGCACUCCAACAUCGACACGCUCAGCGAACAGGACGAGGGCACCAUGACCCCGCCCUCCAAACAGGCCACGCCCACAGCCAGCCCUCUCAGUGAUCGGAGCAAGGGCAGGAAGCAGGCGGAGCUGAGGCUGGUGGUGCUGAGGAAGACUCAGGUGGAUCUGGGGCUGAAGAUCUGUGGAGGAAACCUGACGGGGGUUUUCGUGGAGGCUCUAGAAGAGGACAGUCCUGCUCGAGGAGCCGACGGCCUGCAGCCUGGAGACCUGAUCCUGGAGUGUAACUCGGUGAGUUUGAAGAAUAAGACUGCUGAGGAGGUGUAUCUGGAGAUGCUGAAACCCACGGAGAACGUCACCCUCAGAGUCCAGUACCGACCCGAACACUUCAGGAGGUUCAAAGACGCACUCGGAGAUGGUUUUUACAUCAGGGCGUUGUUUGACCAUGUUGGUGAUUUGGAGCAGGAGUUGAGUUUCAAGAAGGAUGAUAUUCUCUAUGUGGACGACACGCUGCCCGGGGGGAAUCUGGGCUACUGGUUGGCAUGGCAACUGGACGAGAACGCGCAGAAGCUGGUGCGCGGACACGUUCCCAGCAAGUGCAUGAUGGAUCAAGAUUCCCAGCGGCGGUACAGCGUCACAGACGGUAAGGACGACAGCGGCUCUGGUAAAACGCUCUCGGCCGCGGCGCGCCGAUCCUUCUUCCGCCGUAAACUCAAACACAAACGCAGCAGCUCCAAAGACGGCCGUGACGCUCCGGCGGCAGACGCCGUCAGCACAGACUCCGUGCCCUACAUGGACGACUGUCUGAGUCCGGCGUAUCAGCGCGUGCUAAAAGUGGAAUCAACCAAUCGCAGGCCCGUGUUGAUACUGGGGCCCCUCAUUGAGCCAAUCAAAGACAUGCUGCUCAGAGAGGCUCCUGGGAAAUACUGCCGCUGUUUACCUGAGGGGAUGAAGGCGACCCAGCAGGCCAUCGAGCGAGGCGUCAAAGACUGUCUCUUCAUCGAUUACAAGCGCCGGAGCGGCCACUUUGAUGUGACGACGGUGGCGUCCAUUAAGGAAAUUACAGAGAAGGACUGUCAUUGUCUGCUGGACAUCGCACCUUACGCCAUCGAGCGCCUGCACGUCGUCAACAUUUACCCCAUCGUCAUAUUCAUACGAUACAGAAACGCCAAGCAGAUCAAGGAGCAGAAAGACCCUGUGUAUCUGCGAGACAAAGUGUCCCAAAAACAUUCCAAAGAGCAGUUUGAGUCUGCGCAGAGGAUCGAACAGGACUACAGCAAAUACUUCACAGGCGUCGUCCAGGCCAGCAGUCUGUCCAACAUAUGCACUCAGAUCAUGUCCAUCGUGGACCAGGAGCAGAACAAAGUGCUUUGGAUUCCUGAUGGAAGCAUGUGAAGAACCACACACAUCCUUCACAGCACACUGCUGAAAAUGAUCUACUUACUAUUUUUGUUGUUUUUCAUUACAAAUAUCUAAAGCUACAUUUAAGGAAAGAGACUUAAGGUAAUAAGUCUUGUUUUCUGAAGAAUUAAGUGAUUUAAAACAAGAAAAAAAUUCUGUCA